AAUACAUAUUAUUGUUUGUGUAUUUCAUGGUUGAGCUUUUGCAGGAAAUCUGUGUUAAAAUGUAAAAUUUCAUCCACUGAAAUAUGCUGUGGUUGCUUUACAAGCUGAAAUGAAGAUGAAUGGAAACUCAACUCGGCCUUUAUAUUUCAUACUUGCUGCCUACUUUGACACUGGGCUUUUUAGAUAUUUAAACUUUCUUAUUAUCAUAUCUUUAUAUAUUUUAAUUGUUUGCUCCAAUUUAUUUCUCAUCGUGGUUAUCUGCAUGAACAGAAGCUUACAUGAACCUAUGUACAUUUUCCUGUGCAGCCUGUUUGUAAAUGAACUGUAUGGUAGUACAGGGUUGUUUCCACUCCUGCUGGUUCAGAUCCUCUCUGACGUUCACACUGUUUCUGUUCCCUUCUGUUAUCUGCAGAUUUUCUGUGUGUACUCUUAUGUGUGUGUAGAAUUUUUCAACUUAGCCAUCAUGUCUUAUGACAGAUAUCUCGCUAUAUGUUGUCCACUACAAUAUAACACACGUAUGACAAAUAACAAAACUGCCACACUUAUUGUUGUGACCUGGUUUUGCUCUUUUCUUGUAGUUUUUGUCACAACAUUCUUAAGUUACUCUUUGGAGCUGUGUGGGAACAUCAUUGAUAACCUUUACUGUUUAAACUACUCCAUUGUGAAACUGGCCUGCUCUGAAACCAGAGCCAAUAACAUUUAUGGACUUUUUGCCACUUUUCUCACAGUGUUUGGUGCUUUAAUUUUAAUCCUUUACACGUACAUGAAGAUUCUUAAAGUGUGUUUUUCAGGUUCUAAACAGACGAGACAAAAAGCUGUGAGUACCUGCACACCUCACCUGGCUUCUCUCAUCAACUUCUCCUUUGGUGUUUGUUUUGAAAUAUUACAAAGCAGAUUUGAUUUGAAAGGUGUGCACAGUAUGUUGCAUAUUGUUUUAUCCUUGUAUUUUCUGACGUGUCAGCCGCUCUUUAACCCUGUGAUGUACGGACUGAACAUGACCAAAGUCCGUACUAUAUGUAAGUCUGUUUUAAAAUUCUGUCGGAAAGUGAAUCAGAUUGAUUGAAAGAAACAACAAAUCAAUUAAUAUCCACUGCUGACUUUGUGCAUGAAAAGCUCAAAUUAAACAUUCAUGUUUGUGGGUUAGAGUGUCAUAUUAGGAAAUACUCUAAUCAGCAUUAAUCAUGCACUUGUUUUUGGUAAACAAGAAAUAAAAUGUAUUUGUUCAGCCUGAUCUCAGAGCAGUAAGUACAUACAGUUCAUCAGGUUCACUACUUUUUUUACUGCAUUGUUUCCAUAGAUCAGUAUUAUAGCUUUCAUUUAAAUUAUUCAGAUUCAGUUAAAUGCACACACUGUAACAAAUUUUCCUGUUAAAUUACAGUAAACUACUGGCAGCUACAGUUGCCAGCUUCAAACUGUUAUUUUACGGUGUAUCUACUGUGAUCUACAACAACAGUUUAAUACUGUAAAAAUAUUACAGUAUUGUGCUGUAUGGAAAAUAAACAUUACAGUAUUAUACUGUCAGCUCUUUGUUUCCAUUAUACCGUUAUUUUACAGUUCCUACAGUAUUCUCCAAUAACAACUUAUUACUGUAAAACUAGGUUGAACACUGUAGAAUGUGAUCUUCACAGUGAUAUAAGCUAAUGAGUUAAAAGUUUCACAUUUAAAAAUGAAAACCCCAAAAAUAAUGACAAAUGACAAGAGAUGGCUUGUGGGCAGACAAACAGUGGGCAUGUAUUAAAGCUAAACAUUUUUAGUGUCCAUAAGAAUCCAUAAGAACACCAUUAACAUAACAUUACAUGUAUUUAACUUUGUAUUGUCCUCCCGGAUAAAAACUGAGUGGGUUUGGUUUGACUGUUUGGAAAGCAUAAAGUACAAAUCUUCAGCCAAUCCCACUUUAAUAACUUUACUGGAAGUUUGUUUCCUGCUUUCCUGCACCAAUUGCAUAGCAACGAAGAAAAAAACUGAGUAAACGCUAACUUUAUUUCACACAUUCCAUUAACAUCAACUACUAAACAUAUCAUAUAGUCCAAAAAUGAACUUGGUAAUUUGACAGUUUGAUCUGAACUAUAUUGGCUACAUAAAGCCCCACUCAAAGUCCAUCACAUUUUUUAUGAGAGUGACACCUGGGGAUUGACUGUUGUUGUCCUUCUUGUGGACCAGCUUCCCUGUCUCUUUGAUACCACCUUCCCCUGGCUGGUCUUUCUUCCCCUCUCAGGGUUAAUUCCCACGAAGUGCCUAAAAUGUAAUAAUAGAGAAAGUAUAUAUGAUAUUAGAAUGUGUAUUCCUGCAGGUCUUACCACAUAUGUUGCAAAUUUUCAUGUUUUCACUACUACUACUAAUCUCACCAACACACAAUAUUUAAGCUACUCUGUCAAGGAAAAUAAAAGCAUUGCAUCAACAACUAGUUAACUAACUGUUCUCCCUAUAAACUCCUAUAACUCGUUUUACUCGAAAGAGUACCACUACAAAUGGUAAAAUAGAACGUUGCAGCCCACCAUAAGUAGAUUUGACAACAAAUCAGUCAAGGACCACAAUAAAAUCUUGGACAUUUGAUUAGACUGCAAAUUUAGUGAACCGCUAAUGCCCUUGCCAAUUUAUGCUAACUUAAGUAACGUGCCUCAACAGAGAGCUAAACAUUUGUCCAUAUAGUUUAACUUAUGCUAGCUUGAGGCACGUAAUUUUGAGUCAGUCUUUUCGGCAGAAAAACAGUCAAUAAAAUGUUAACCUUUUGCAAGAUUAUAUUUACCUUCUUAAGAAAGUCACGGGAUCAGGAUAGAUG